AGAUCAGUGGUAGGGAUCCUUUAGCGGUGAGAAAACACGUUGUUUUCUAAUCAUUUCCUCCUGAAAAUGGCGGCUGUAUUGGAUGAGGUCGGCAAGUCCGCCGAGAAACUUGUAGACGAAGAAAAAGAUGAAAUUGUCGAAGUAGAAGAUGAAGCCGGUGCCAGCGAUGCGGCUAAAAAAAAGAAGAAGAAGAAGAAGAAGAAGGCCGGUGCUGGAGCAGCAAGUGCUGAUGUUCCAGAGGGAGGGGAAGAAAAAGCUCAAGCCGAGGACGCAUCACCCGAAGUAGAAGUCACUGAAAAUGGCGGAGACUCAGAGGAGACCAAGAAAAAGAAGAAAAAGCGUAAGCCACGUGGAAAAGCAGGUGGUGUAAAGCAGCAGACAGAUCCCCCUACAAUUCCGAUAUCGGAUUUGUUUCCCGAUGGAAAUUUUCCAAUUGGUGAAAUCCUAGUGCAUCCUCCUGCAACAGGAAUCGAUGAAAAAACAGCCAAGGAUCGUUUCAGCAGUGAGGAGGCACGAACCCUCGAUAGAAUGCACAAUGACAUUUACAACGAAGCUAGACAAGCUGCUGAAGCCCAUCGGCAAACCAGAAAACACAUAAAGAACUGGGUAAAGCCAGGCAUGACCAUGAUAGAAAUUUGCAAUGAGUUGGAAAAUACUGCAAGGCAAUUGAUCGGAGAGGACGGAUUAAAAGCUGGUCUGGCAUUCCCGACAGGAUGUUCACGUAAUCAUUGCGCAGCCCACUAUACUCCAAAUGCAGGGGAUCCAACGGUCUUGGAGUACGACGAUGUGACAAAAAUUGAUUUUGGAACACAUAUCAACGGUCGUAUAAUCGAUUGUGCUUUCACCCUGGCAUUUAAUCCGAAGUAUGAUAAGCUGAUCGAGGCCGUUCGGGACGCAACUAAUACCGGAAUAAGAGCGGCAGGAAUUGACGUACAGCUAUGCGACGUCGGAGCCGCUAUUCAAGAAGUCAUGGAGUCUUACGAAGUCGAAAUAGAUGGAAAAACUUAUCAGGUUAAAUCUAUAAGAAAUCUGAACGGACACUCCAUAGCACCGUAUCGAAUUCAUGCGGGAAAAACUGUCCCAAUCGUAAAAGGUGGCGAAGCAACCAGAAUGGAAGAGAACGAAUUUUAUGCCAUCGAAACCUUUGGAUCGACUGGGCGGGGAAUAGUCCAUGACGAUCUCGAUUGCUCUCAUUACAUGAAGAGUUUCGACGCUGGAUUUGUACCCCUAAGACUGCAGAGCAGCAAGUCCUUAUUGAACACGAUCAACAAACAUUUCGGUACGCUAGCUUUUUGCAAACGCUGGCUGGACCGUGCAGGCUGCACAAAGUAUCAAAUGGCGUUGAAAGAUCUUUGUGACAAAAAUGCAGUAGAGGCUUACCCGCCUUUGGUUGAUAUCAAAGGUUGUUAUACAGCUCAGUUUGAGCACACUCUGGUUCUGCGACCAACAUGCAAGGAAGUUAUUUCCCGGGGAGAUGAUUACUAAUCGAAAGAUCGUAGUAAUUGCACACUUAUGUGAGACGCAGCAGUUUAAUCAUUCGUUGGCGACUAUUGUGUCGCAGGGUAAAAUGUAAGUCGAUACGUUGGUAAGAGAUAAGCCUAUCCACACCGCUGGUGAUCGAAGCCUUCGAUACCUACUCGAAAUUACCUAUUUUAGAAUACAUUCAACGAAUCUAUUCGUACAACUAUGGUAUUGACUUUGACGUGAACGUUGAAUCGAACAUCAAAUUAUAAUUUUUGGAAAUCGUGUGAUGAUUUUUUGUAAUGAUUGUGUAUAAAAUUUAUGUACACACCACUCAUACCUGUGUAAGUACGGAUAUAUGAUGCACGUGUAUGCAUUGCGUGCGCCUUCCACACGCUACAUUAUUCAUAUACAUGUAUGUAUACACAAACAUAUUGUCCCUGUAUAUCAUUUACAUAUGUAUACAUACGCAUCAUGGAUAAAAAAAAUUUCUUAUUUCUCCUCUUCACUUUAAAUCAAAUAACAGAGUAUUUCAUAGUGUCGCUGUAUUUGAAUAUUGCUUUAUUUUAUACCAUUGUGUGUUAUUUCCCAAUGAUCGGAAAUAACGGGAAUAGAAACUUAACGUUAAUGUUAAAUAAAAUAUGUUUGACAUCAUUAACUUUA